UCACACCAAAAAAUUUUGUUUUGCCGAAGUGUGAAACCCCAUUAACAAAAGUUGAAACACAGACCCACACGCAGCUCUCCGCAGCCUACACACAGUCACACACUACGCUCCCCCCGGCUUCCCCCCAAUUGCAAUUGCAUCUAUCUUCACACGAUUGCAUAUCAUAUGUUCUUGGCUCACAGCUCAGUUUUAUCGCAAGAUGAGAACUUGUAUACAUACUGAUUCAUCACAUAACCCACGAAUUUGAGUAACAAAUUCUUGAAUCUUGAAAAGGGAGGGCGAAAAUACGGAGAAAAAUGGCGGACAUGGAUCAGUUGUUGACCAAGAAAGUAGCCGAUCGUUAUCUGAAGCGCGAAGUUCUUGGUGAAGGUACAUACGGUGUCGUUUACAAAGCCAUCGAUACUAAGACUGGGCAAGUUGUUGCUAUCAAGAAAAUUCGUUUGGGGAAGCAGAAGGAAGGUGUCAAUUUUACAGCUUUAAGGGAAAUUAAGUUGCUCAAAGAGCUCAAGGAUCCUAAUAUCAUCGAGUUGAUUGAUGCAUUCCCUCACAAGGGGAACUUGCACCUUGUGUUUGAGUUUAUGGAGACAGAUCUUGAAGCUGUUAUUCGUGAUAGAAAUAUUGUUCUUUCUCCAGCUGACAUCAAGUCGUACAUCCAGAUGACACUGAAGGGGCUUUCUUUUUGCCAUAAAAAAUGGGUCCUGCACAGGGACAUGAAACCGAACAACUUGCUGAUCGGACCUGGUGGGCAACUUAAACUUGCAGAUUUUGGGUUAGCUCGUAUAUUCGGGAGCCCUGAUCGAAGGUUCACACAUCAGGUUUUUGCUAGAUGGUACAGAGCUCCUGAGCUUCUGUUUGGUGCCAAACAAUAUGGUCCGGGGGUGGAUGUAUGGGCUGCAGCAUGUAUAUUUGCUGAGCUGCUUUUACGUCGACCUUUUCUGCAGGGAAACAGUGAUAUCGAUCAACUGGGAAAGAUCUUUGCAGCUUUUGGGACGCCAAAGCCAUCACAAUGGUCAGAUAUGGUCUAUCUUCCAGAUUAUGUGGAAUAUCAGCAUGUGCCUGGUCAACCAAUGCGCACGUUGUUUCCCAUGGCCAGUGAUGAUUGUUUGGACCUUUUAGGGAAAAUGUUCAUGUAUGAUCCUAAAGCGAGAAUUUCAGCACAACAAGCUCUGGAGCAUAGGUACUUUUCUUCCAUACCUCCACCUACAGAACCUGCUUUGCUUCCAAGACCUCCACCAAAGAAGGAACCUGUCAAUCCAAAGGUCUCAGACUUUAAUCCUCUGGAUGGACCAACAGUGUUGUCUCCUCCUAGAAAACAAAGAAGAGUCAUGCCUCAUCGUGAGGGCUUUGAUGUCAAUGCUCACAAUAUGAUCAAGAUGGAUGACCAUGGCAAUGAGACAAGGCAGGCGGCUGGGGAGAGGAGUGAGCACGCUCCAAUGUCUUUGGAUUUUUCAGUUUUUGGCAUGAGGCCGCCAAAUAGACCAACUAUUAACAGUGCUGACAGAUCUCAUCUAAAGAAGAAACUGGAUCUUGAAUUUCAACUACCUGAAGAAGAAGAAGAAGAAGAAGAAUAAACAUGUAGACAAGCACGUAUGGAUUAUCAGAUUUCUGCACAAUGUAUAAAGCUUCCUACCUGAGGUUUGUACCGGCCCUCCUCCAUGAUGAUAUUUUCAUUGCACCGUUUAACUCAUUGGUGUUCUUAUUUUAUUUUAUUUUCCAUCAAAUCAGUAUUUCCCUCGCAGGUCUGGAAAUUGGUUGUCCGGGAGAGGAGCCACCGGCUGAAUGGAGUUAACUAAUGAUUGUGUAGCCCUGUACUUUUUAACCGAUGAUACGUAAGACAGAUCAUAAUCAUAGUGCUAGUAAUUUUUGCUUUUCUUUUCUUCUAAUUAAUUGAUGGUUGGCCAAAGUUCAACAUGAGAAUUGUCUAUUAAUUCUUGUAUUAAGUUGUGAGAGAUUUGAAUAUGUUGCGGCAGUUUACAUCUAUUCGUUUAAGGAAAAUGAGGUACGCGAAUUUCGAGCAUGUUCGAGGUCGUUUUGUUUGUUGUGAUCUGGAUUUCACUUGUAAUAAUCUUACUCAAUUAUGUGAAAUAUAGUCUGUCUGAUCAUUAA